GCCGUCAGUAACUGCAGUCAGCAGUUCAAAGAGCGAGAAUAACAACCAGCAUGAGCUUCAGCGUGGAAGAGAGAGGCAGAGACAACACUCCAGACUACAGAGUUUACUUCAAAAACGCGGAGGGAAAAUAUAUCUCUCCAUUCCAUGACAUCCCCAUCUACGCUGAUGAAGCCGAGAACAUCUUCCACGCUGUUGUCGAGGUUCCUAGAUGGACAAAUGCAAAAAUGGAGAUCGCCACUAAAGAUCCUCUCAAUCCACUGAAGCAGGACGUGAAGAAAGGGAAUCUACGUUACGUUAGCAAUGUCUUUCCUCAUAAGGGCUACAUCUGGAACUAUGGAGCAAUUCCUCAGACAUGGGAGGAUCCAGGGCACAGGGACGGAGACACGGGCUGCUGCGGCGAUAACGAUCCCAUCGAUAUCUGUGACAUUGGGAAUAAGGUCUGCUCUCGAGGGGAAAUCAUCCGUGUGAAGGUGUUGGGGACUCUGGCGCUGAUAGACGAAGGAGAAACCGACUGGAAAGUCAUUGUUAUAAAUGUCGAGGACCCAGAGGCUGAAGACUUUAACGAUAUCGACGACGUCCGCAAACUCAAGCCCGGAUACCUGGAGGCCACACUUGAUUGGUUCAGGAUGUAUAAAGUGCCUGAUGGGAAGCCAGAAAACCAAUUCGCCUUCAAUGGUGAAUUUAAGAACAGGGAUUUUGCCAUUAAAACAGUUAAGGACACUCAUAAUUUCUGGAAAGCUCUAAUCUCCAAGAAAACAGACGCCGGAGAACUCAACUGUAUGAACACCUGUGUCUCCGACAGUCCCUUCUGCUGCUCCGGCACCGAAGCCAAAGUCAUUGUUGAUUCAGCUCGUCCUCACGGUGACGCAGAUCCGGUUCCCAGCUCAGCUGAUAAAUGGUUCUAUUACAAACAAACAUAGAAGAUCAUCAGCGGUGAAAGGAACAAUAAAUGGCCGGAAAACAGUUUUAUUACACCACAGACGAAUCCAUCAAUCACGACUGUCAUAUUUCUGCAGUAUAUUGUAUUAGUUAUAGAUAAACACUGUAUAGUUUGAUUAAUAAAGUUGUAGAGGCCUGAGAAAAGCUUGGAUGUUAGAAAGUCUGUAUGAACAUGCAAACUGUGAAUCCGAAUUAAACAAAGUGACUUUACAAACAUCUCUGGUGGUCAUUACAAUCCAAAUAAACUAUUUUACUGAAAUACAUAUUUAUAUGAUUCAUCUAUUAAUAUAUGGU